CCGGAAACGCUGAAAUCGAUCACGAUCGUGCAGGGAUUGAAAAAGAAAAAGCAAGAUUUGAACGACCAGGUGCAGUUGGUGCUCGACUGUACAAAGACGCUUAUGCGGAACCGGGGGUAUACCUUUCCGGAUGACUUCCCGUCUUUGGAACAGCAAGCGUCGGAUUGGGACUCGUUACUGACCGUCCUAGACCGGAAAUCGCUCGUGAUGGAGCGGGAAAUGCCGUCGCUCCGCGCCGGGAUAUGAAAGUGCACAGCCUUCCGUGCCCCUCCUUCCUUUGUGAUGCAAAAUACCAAGUCCACGUCCUGCCCUGCUGAGGCAGUGUCUGCAUGCCAAAUUUUUUUGGAACCAACAACCUCAAACAGUACUACAAUUAUCCGUGCACAGAUUUGUCAUGCGGAAGCCACAUAGCUGCUGUUGCUAGUGUUGCUGUUUCUGCCAUACUGAAACGAGGGGGAGGAAGAGUUGUUCACUGUCAACCGGGAUCGAGCGACACGAGAAGAAGAUUACCGAAGAAGUCCGCUCCUGCUACUCCGAUUGGACGAAGGACAAGCCGAUCCACGUCGUGGAGUCUUGUGAGAAGGCGCUGGAGAUUUGCAGCCAAUACGCGUUGAAGGUGGAGCAGAUGCAAACGGAAUGUUCCGGCAUUGGGGACGCGAUUUAUGAACCGCAAAAGUAUCCUCGUACUCGUAUAAAUGCAUUACAAAUUUCCGCAGCAUGUUGAGAAAUAAAAUUUGUAAUGCGGAUUUACCUUCAAAAAAAAAUUUGUAGUGCAUGAUUGUGCGAUACUUUUGCACAGGAUACGAUUCAGUCAGUGCUGAACCGUUCCACCGCGAAUUUGGAAAAGCAGCUCCAGCCACUCGCUAUGGAAUGCAAAAAAUAUGUCUGGGUCUGGAAAGAACCUGUGAUGCUGAAUUGAGCAUGAUUGAAGCGCUUGCAAUGGGAGCCAAGUAUGACAAGUUUUUGAGACGCCUGCUGAUGCCUAGCACGCGUCACAAAUUCUUGCGCUUUUGCAUGACGAAGGAAGCUCCUCUUGUAUGUGCUGCUCCUGCAACACAGAUUUUCCAGGAAUGCCAGACACGCAUCACAAGUUCCACUGUUCCAGACCCAGACAUAAUUGCAAUCCAUACUCGCCGCGGAGAUCCAAUCGCUGAAGGAGGUGUGGACGCAGCUGAACUCGGUCGACCAGGAGCUGAAUUCGCUCAAGGAACAGCUCUAUCCUCUGCAAAAGUAUCGUACUAGUAUAAAUUGCAUUACAAAUUCACUUAGCAUUACAAAUCAAAUUUGCAAUGCGGAUCUGCCUCAGUAAAGAGAUUUGUAAAUGCAUAAACGCGAUUAGUACGAGUACGAUACUUUUGCACAGGAUAAGCUCUGGACCGCGGUGAUUCCGAAAAAAAUCCGGCAAAUUCUGGACGAGGAUCUUCUACAGGACAAGCUGUAUGAAAGCCUCAGAAUGGAAAUGCCCAAAGUGGAAAUGAUUUGUGAUGCAUGAAAUGCAAGGCAAAAAAGACUGCGCUGCAGAUGACACAAUGGAGGCCGACUAUUGUCCUGCUAGGGGUGAAGAAUUGGGCUGCUGAUUAGCACGACAGAAGGGUCAGACCCCUUUGCCUAACUAGCACGACAGACACGCUUUGAGUGCCCGGAAAAUUUGUCAUGCGCCGACUACAAAUGGCGCUUCUACUGGAGUCGUUUUUUUGCAUCACAAAUUAUUUCCACUUUGGGGAUUUCAAACCUGAGGCUUUCAUAAGCUGAAGCACAUGCCGGAUAAAAUCCAGCAGUACGACAGCUACGCGAAUAUGGUGGAUAAGAUCCACAAGCUCAUCAAGCUCAACAUUCUCUUAACAGAUUUGAAAACCGACGCGCUGAAAGAGCGGCACUGGGACAGCAUCUUGACCGUGAUCAAUCUGAAGGACAAGGGGUAUACACACUUAACCUUGGGUGAUUUAUGGGAAAAAGUCGAUUGGGUGAAUUGCGAAAAACCGGUGCGGGAGCAGCUCCAACUCGCGCAGGGGGAGAUGGCAC